ACUAUAAAAAGGACAGAGGGGCAUAACAGUAGAUGCAGGCACUUGAGGGAAGUGCAAGCUGUGGAUGAACAGGGGAACUGAUUACCUUCCUUUGCAACUGAAUGAUCCAUUGAAACCAUGGGUGACGUUGUAAAGAAUUCAAUGAAGAAGGCCCUGCUGAAGCUGGACUGCCACUUCACUUGGGUGCUGCUAAAGGAGGACAUUGAUCCUGAUGAACUGGAGGAGAGAAUUGUCGAGCAGAUUGAGUUUUUACACUCCAGAUCCAAAAUCCAAAAUUAUCACCUGCUAACCUAUGUGAAAUUUUUGAACGGCAAGAAGGAAGAAGCUCUGAAAACCUUACAAAAGGCUGAAGAGGCUGUUAAAACAGCGCAUCCUGUGGACACUGAGAAGCAAAGCCUUGUUACCUGGAGUAACUAUGCUUGGCUGUACUACCACAUGGACAAACUGGCAGAGGCGCAAGAGUGCAUAGACAAGAUAGAAAGGACCUGCAAGGAACAUGGAAGUGUCACACCAUAUAAGAUGAAACUCCCCCAAAUCUUUUGUGAAAAGGGAUGGGCCCUUCUCAAAUUUGGGGGGAAGUAUUAUGAAAAGGCCAAGGAAUGCUUUGCAAAAGCCUUAGAAGAAGACCCUGACAACCCAGAAUUUAAUACAGGAUAUGCGAUCACUGUGUACCGCCUGGAAGAUUGUUAUGAGAAAAGGUCUGCGGCUGAAGGGUCAUCACUGGAACUCUUGCGGCGGGCAGUCCAGCUGAACCCGGAUGAUGUCUUCGUGGUGCCCAUCCUUGCCAUAAAGCUGCAGGAAAGCGGUAACACACCAGAAGGGGAAAAGUACAUCGAGGAAGCCCUUGCAAAACACCCGGGCAUUCCUUACGUUCUGAGGUAUGCUGCCAAAUUUUAUAGGAAAAAGGGUGAUGUGCAAAAAGCCCUGAAGUAUUUGAUGGAGGCCUUGAGUCUGACACCGAAUUCAAGCUUCUUACAUCACCAGGUUGCAAUUUGCUACCGAAAACAAUUCUAUCAGCUGAAACGAGCCAAUGGGAGAGGACAGCCCACUGAAGAAAUGGAAGAGCUGCUCCAACUUUGCAUCAAUCAUUUAAAGAUAGUGGUAGAACGCAAAACCCAAUAUGUCUAUGCACAUCUGGACCUUGCCAACAUGUAUGCAGAAGGGGCACAGCUUGAGGAAGCAGAAGAAAUCUUCCAGAGGCUGUUUGCAAAGACCAAGCUAACCUGUCUAGAAAAGCAGCAGUUGUAUCUCAAUUACGGAAACUUUCAGGAGUUUCGCAGAAGAUCUGAAUCUGAAGCGCUGAAGUUUUAUCUGAAAGCAGUGGAAAUUGAACAAGAGUCAAUCGAUAGAAAGAAAGCCAUAAACUAUUUGAAGAAGUUAAUGGAAAAAAGAAUUCGUAGAGGUCUAGCUGAUGCGAAGAGUUUUGCUACUCUUGGGUUUGCUCACCGACUCCAUGAGGAAAAGAAAGAAGCAAUCGAAUGCUAUGAACGAGCCUUGGAACUGGAUCCUGGAAAUGAAGAAUAUCUCAGUGCUCUUUUGGAUUUGAGACUGUCUUUGCAAAGCUAAACUUUCAAACAUGGCUCAUACUUUCUUCUUAGUUAACACUGUUUCAGCAUAUGUAGCAACGUUCACAAUGUUCUCAGUUCACCUUUAAUUCAAUAUCAAUAUUCAUUGAAGUGAUUGUGUGUUUUACCAUUUUGCCAUUUUUGCUGUAUUGUUUUGGACACUAUGUUCUAUUACACAGAUAACUUAGUUAACUUUUGUGGUUGAUAGUUUAAAAAUUAUAUUGUAUUAGUUGUGGAGUAUUUCCUAAGCCCAAUAUAGUGUGGGAUAUUAAAAUUCUCCAAAGUGUUUGUGUGUUCAAAAUCAAAUGUGUUCCAUUCUUCGAAUAUGAUCCACCUUCCAAAAAGCCAAAGGGGGAGUGGAACUGAAAUAAAAUCAAACAAAAUAUGA